AGCGGGAGGGGCCGGCGCGCCGUAUAAAGUCUCGGAAAAGCGGGCGAGCGGGGAUCAGAGACGCGCGCGGAAAGCCGUGUGGAUCGCGCUCGCUCCCCCGCCCCGGGCUUCUCUUGCUGCUUUUGCGCCAGAGGAAGGCGGCUGCGGUGUCGACAAGCCAGGAUGUCCAAGGGCCCAGCUGUAGGCAUUGAUCUGGGGACCACGUACUCCUGCGUGGGCGUCUUCCAGCAUGGCAAGGUGGAGAUCAUCGCCAACGACCAGGGCAACCGCACCACCCCCAGCUACGUGGCCUUCACGGACACGGAGCGCCUCAUCGGGGAUGCCGCCAAGAACCAGGUGGCCAUGAAUCCCACCAAUACCGUCUUCGAUGCGAAGCGCCUGAUCGGCCGCCGUUUCGACGACCCGGUGGUGCACUCCGACAUGAAGCACUGGCCCUUCUGCGUGAUCAACGACGCAGGCCGCCCCAAGGUGCAGGUGGAGUACAAAGGCGAGACAAAGACCUUCUACGCAGAGGAGAUCUCCUCGAUGGUCCUCACCAAGAUGAAGGAAAUCGCGGAGGCCUACCUGGGCAAGAAUAUUGCCAACGCCGUCAUCACAGUCCCGGCCUACUUCAACGAUUCGCAGCGGCAGGCCACCAAGGACGCGGGCACCAUCGCCGGCCUCAACGUCCUCCGCAUCAUCAACGAACCCACCGCUGCAGCCAUCGCCUACGGGCUGGACAAAAAGGUGGGCGGCGAGCGUAACGUUCUGAUCUUUGACCUGGGCGGCGGCACCUUCGACGUCUCUAUUCUGACCAUCGAGGACGGCAUCUUCGAGGUGAAGUCCACCGCAGGGGACACCCACUUGGGAGGCGAGGAUUUCGACAACCGCAUGGUGAACCACUUCGUGUCGGAGUUCAAGCGCAAGCACAAGAAAGACAUCACCGACAACAAGCGGGCCGUCCGGCGCCUGCGCACGGCCUGCGAGCGGGCCAAGCGCACCCUCAGCUCCUCCACCCAGGCUUCCAUUGAGAUCGACUCCCUCUACGAGGGCAUCGAUUUCUACACCUCCAUCACCCGGGCCCGCUUCGAAGAGCUGAACGCAGACCUCUUCCGGGGGACCCUGGAGCCCGUGGAGAAGGCCUUGCGCGACGCCAAGCUGGACAAGGCCCAGGUGCACGACAUCGUGCUGGUGGGGGGCUCAACCCGCAUCCCCAAGAUCCAGAAGCUGCUGCAGGACUUCUUCAACGGCAGGGAGCUUAACAAGAGCAUCAACCCCGAUGAGGCGGUGGCUUACGGAGCAGCUGUCCAGGCUGCCAUCCUGUGUGGGGACAAAUCCGAGAACGUGCAGGACCUGCUGCUGCUGGACGUCACGCCCCUGUCCCUGGGCAUCGAGACGGCCGGCGGGGUGAUGACCGCCCUCAUCAAGCGCAACACCACCAUCCCCACCAAGCAGACCCAGACCUUCACCACCUACUCCGACAACCAGCCAGGGGUCCUCAUCCAGGUCUACGAAGGAGAACGUGCCAUGACCAAAGACAACAAUUUGCUGGGUAAAUUUGAACUGACAGGGAUCCCCCCUGCUCCUCGGGGUGUCCCCCAGAUUGAGGUGACGUUCGAUAUUGAUGCCAACGGGAUCCUCAACGUGUCCGCGGUCGACAAGAGCACUGGCAAGGAGAACAAGAUCACCAUCACCAACGAUAAAGGCCGGCUUAGCAAGGAGGAGAUCGAGCGCAUGGUCCAAGAAGCAGAGCAGUACAAGGCCGAGGACGAAAUCCAGAGGGAAAAGAUUGCAGCCAAGAACUCCCUGGAAUCUUUGGCCUUCAACAUGAAGAGCACAGCAGAGGAUGAGAAGCUCAAGGACAAGCUGUCCCCAGAGGAUAAGCAGAAGAUCCUGGACAAGUGCAAUGAGGUCAUUUCCUGGCUGGACAGGAACCAGAUGGCGGAAAAGGAUGAAUAUGAGCACCAGCAGAAGGAGCUGCAGAACGUGUGCAACCCCAUCAUCACCAAGCUGUACCAAGGGGCCGGGGGCAUGCCGGGCGGGAUGCCGGGCGGGAUGCCCGGGGGCUUCCCAGGAGCAGGAGGGGCUGGCGGAGGCUCCUCGGGACCCACCAUUGAGGAAGUGGAUUGAGCGCCUUUCUCCGAAAUCCCGCGCGGGUGGGUCAGGAAGGAUGCCAGUCCCCUUGGGGGCCGCCUUUGAUUUUGCUUCACCUUCACGGCCUCAUCCUCCCACCUUUUCCUCCUCUCUGAUCUCUUUCUGCGGCUACGCCUCCAGCCCUCGCCUUCUCUCUGCUCUGUUCUGACGUUGAGCAUGUCUUACUGCCAAACGGAAACUUUUUGUGGUGCUCACAUAAAUAAAUUAUUGCACUUUUUGUCAUCCUGC